AUCAACGCCAACUUGCAGCUUGUCCCACUUGCAAGCCCAACACAAAGACAUCACAGUAUGACCUGGAUAUCAAAGUCUGUCACCGGCCUAGGCCUGCUGUUCCUGGCGCAUGCAUGUUACUCGGCCUACGAACACUCUGCUCUCCAUUCCACCAGUACAGCUUCUCUAUCAUCAACAGCAGCUCAUACCGCGAUCACGUCCACUUCUUCCUCACUACCUAUCGAUAUAUCGAUCGAAACACUUGUGGCGGUAUUCACAGUUUGCCUGGGUCUGGUCCUAGGCACUCCUGAAUUGCGACCAAUACAAUGGCGGGUUUGGGCAGGCCAAAUUGAGCGUGAAGGAGAAGCAGGAUUCACAAACAUCGAUGGGCAAGUGGAUAAGGACUAUGUUGGCAAUCCAUUCAGAGUGUUGGAAAGCAGACCGGGUUUCGUGGAUAUCCGGAAGCAGAGGAAGGAGUUUGCAGAGUGGGUACGAGAAGGCGGAGGAAUUGAUGAAGCAAAGAAGAGCUGAAGUCGAAUCACAAGGCAUAUGUAAAAAUGGCGCAGGGUGGUAUUCUCAGUGGACUUCUCACUGGUAGAUAUUUGCCGUAUAGACUCUUGCAAUUAGUGAUGCAAGAGAAGCUGCGACAUAGCACUACUUUACGCUCAAAUCAAGAAAUUCAUGAGUGUAUCAUAAGUUUUGUCAAAGUAUGAUAUUUCGAGCCCCUGCAAUCCCU